GAGUAAAAAAGUAGGACAAACAAAAGACGACGGGGACAGCAAAACUCAACCCUGAUGGAUCAAUGACUUGCACACCGACAUAUUACGAGAUCUUAGACAUCCCGUCGUCUCUCCAAAAUGCAACACACAUUCCGGUAGCAACUUUGCGAAGCGCAUAUCGACGCGCACUUCUUCGAAAUCACCCUGACAAAUCUCAAAGCCAAGAACAAAGUCAUACAAGCAGACCCCAAACAGUCUAUACUAUUGACCAAAUAUCCGUGGCUUUCUCUCACCUAUCGGACUCCAAACUACGAGCACAAUAUGACAAGGAAUUGAGAUUGCAGAAUCACUCUAUACAUGGCACAGGACAAAAGGAAGGAGAAGUUUUCCGAACGGGUGUUGAAGUUGUCGACUUGGAUGAUUUGAAUGUCGAGGAAGAGAAUGGCAUAUGGUAUAGAAGCUGUAGAUGUGGAGAUGAUCGAGGGUUCUUGAUUCGAGAGCAAGAUUUAGAGGAGGCAGCUGAAGAUGGUGAAAUCAGUGUGGGAUGUAAGGGGUGCAGUCUCUGGCUCAAAGUUCUCUUUGGUGUGAUGGAGGAUCUGCCAGACGAUAAGGGAUCGGAUGCAUAGAUGCAGGAUAAUAAAGGACAAUAUAAUCAGCUGUGCCUGGUUUGCUGUCAAAGGCUGGAGCACAAUAUGAAGGCUCGACAAUAGAGAGCUUCGAAUAAAGAGUCACUGAGUUCACCGGCCAAGAAGGAAAGAGCUAAAGAUAUGAAUAAAAUAUUGGUUAGAAUAGCAUUUGGAAGCUUUCCGAGCCAUGGUAGAUGAGGAUGCUUUACUUCCCCUUACUUAUGGCCUUUACGAGCUGCUACGAGAAUGGAUGGAGAUCAAUAUCGAUAUCUAUACAGAUAUUGACUUGGCUUGCGUCAAAAAGUAUGUACCGUCUUCCUAUGACUUCCAAUCAAAGCUCGAAAGCUAUUGGUCGCCUCAAACCUGCGGUGGUUGUAAAUCUUCUUCUUGCAACAACCAAAUGAAACCUUGACGGUAAAUAUUGGAGCACGUCAACAUAUCGUAGGAGAAGAUCGAUAUAAUGUUGUUCGAACCGUUUA